AUGGAUUCAAAUAAAGAGAGAAUCGAGGACUUGGCUUCUUUGUUCUUGCCAGAUCUUUUACGCCCUUCAACAGUCAAUUCGUCACCUUCAAAUGCUACUAGUCCCCAUGCAUCUAAAUCUGAAGACUACGAUAUGGGUUCAGUAUUUUUGAAAGACUCAAAACUUACCAACGCUCCGAGCAAUUCAGGAUUACCAAGCAGUUUUCAAGAGUUUUUAAGUAAUAACAAUUUUAUCAAUAGAUCAAACGAUAUGGAAGAUGGCCAAGAAGAAAGAUCACAGCAACAACCACAACAGUAUUCACAUCAUUAUAAUGGGUAUAUGCCUUUUGAGAUGAACCCAUCUGUAUCACAACACAUGAUGAGUUACAACCCAGGUAUGCAACUGAUGUUCCAACAACCCAAUAAUCCCCAGCAACAAAGUUUUCUUUCUUCAACACUUCCUGGACAACAACAAAUGGUGUCUAACUUCCCAAGAACUGGUUCUUAUGCAAAAUAUCCUGGUGAGUAUGAUGAAUGGUUUGCCAGUACGAAUAGUAGCAUUACCAAUUUAAAUGGUCUAUAUCAGCAACAGUUGUUGCAGCUGCAAGCUUUACAACAACCACAGCCAAUGCCACAACCACAGAAUGGAGCCAAGGAUACACGUAUGGAUACCCAAAGUGGCUCAUCGACUCCAAAGAGGAAAAAAGCCAAGAGUAGAAAACGAGACGUAAAAAAUCUCGAGGUUCAAAUCGACUACAAACCUAGUAAAUUGAAACGAUUACUUGAUCUCAAACAAUCUGGCGCAACGUCUUCAAAUGAUUAUAAAAUAAUAGACAAGGACAAUAAUGAAGUCACUAUUGAUUUCAACGGGUUUUUAAAUGGAAGAUUUCUCACCAACGAUAUUGAUAAUAAUAAUUACAUCUUCACUCAGAAUGAAUCACAGCGUGGCGAAGACGAGCUUCCUAAAACUGUUGUCAACAAAAAAGAGAAUCCUAAAGUUGUGUCAUGCUAUCGACGCAACUAUAUUCAAAUAUCAGCCAAUAUGAGCAUUCGUGGAUUUAAAAAUGAUUCAAAGUUGUUGAAACUACAGACCAGCGAGUAUGGCUACACUACAACUAGAGUGAUUAAAUAUUUCAAAAUAGAGGUGCUGGCAGCAGCUAACAAUUCAAACAGCAAAGGAGUUCCUAUAAUUAUCAAGAACGAGAACAAGGAUAUAGAGAGGGAACGGGAAAAAGAAGCAAGAAAAAUGAGUUUACCUUCCAAUUAUGAAUACAAAGCUGACAAUGUUCUGCCUACAUAUAUCAACACCAACGAAUAUGUCAUAAUAUUGAACGAUGAACCUAUCAGCAAUGGAAUGAUUGACAAGUACUUUGUGGUGAAAAAAUUACAAUUUAAAAAUGCAACACCAAACAACGGGAGUUUGACGUUUCAAAACUAUUACCAUUUAAAAGCCAAGUUGAGUUGUAUUGUUGCUGAUAUUUAUUACGAUGAUUACGAUAUUGAUGUGGCCAAUGAUGGCGGUGGUGGUAACAAUGAAAUAUUGUUGGCUGAACUAGUUAGUGAGCCCAUAAUUGUUCGUGGUCGUAACCCAAGCUUCUACGCUGAAAGAAACGAUAUUCUAAUCAAGGGUCGAUCUGCUAGUUCCAAGUCAUCAUUCAAGAUAGCAGGACAAUCGUCUGAGCUCAAAUUUAGAGCUGCAGCAGAUGCAGAGGAAGAUGAAGACGAUGGAUUCGUUGUGGAGCAUGAAGACGAGCCAGAAGAUGAAGAUGACCAUCACAACCACAGUGAAGGUGAUGUGGCUGGCCAGGAAGACCAACUACCCCACACCCAAAAUGGAACUGGAGAAUCACCAAUCUCAUCUGGCGACGACGACGAAAAAGACAAUACACAAAUACCGCCAUUAUCAUAUUCGACCAACCAGUUGGCUUUGGAUGUCAAGUCUGUCGACAAAUACAAAUAUUAUCCCAUCAACAGCGUAUAUUACCUCCCACCGAUAAACGUGGUAUAUUUUCCCCACAGAGCUCAUCAAUCACAAAAAGACGAUCAAGAACAGACUUCAAUUGUUCAAGAAAACAGAAAGAGUUCCAAUGUUUAUUUCAAAUGA